ACAGCCCUCCUGCCCCAGGCAGAGCUUCGCGCUGGUCCGGGGGGCGGCCCUGUUGCUGCCCGCCGAGGAGCCGCCGGCCGCCGGGCCGCCCCCGGCCGUGACCCCCGGGCAGCAGGAGCGGCACCUCCAGCUCAUGAUGCAGCUGCUGAGAGCCCAGGACGCCAUCCAGCUGGUGGGGGCUCCACCGCCACCGGGUGGGCUGGGGAUGGCCGUGAGAGUGGAUGGGGAUCGGGUCGGGGAGGUGCGGGAUGAGGACGCGGACGGGUUGGGGAUGGCGACAGGGAUAGGAUGGGAUGAGGAUACGUGCGCUGAUGGAGAUGGGAACGGGAUGGGGAUGGGACUGGAGUGGGGAUGGGGAGCAAGGUGGCGAUAGGGGUGGCAAUGGGGGUGAGGUGGCCACAGAGACAAGCGUGGGAUGGGAUGGAUGGAUGCGCAGCGGGAUGGAGAUAGGGAUGGGGGUGUGCUGGGAUCCAGCCUGGCCCAGCCCGUGUCUGUGCCUGGGGACCAAGCAGCCCCGGGGGGAGGGGGGACCUGCACUCAGGCCCCUUCCUCAGGCAGUGAGGCUGGAGUCAACGCGGCCACAGCGGGUGCGGUACCUGCUGGUGGUGCGGCCGGACGAGGUGGGCGCCGAGGGACAGACGGCGCUGCUGGGCGUGGACUUCCCGCACGAGGGGGCCCGCGGGGGCCGGGCGCUGGUGCACUGCCGGAUGGGGCUGAGCCGCUCGGCAGCCACGGUGCUGGCCUACGCCAUGAAGGAGUUCGGCUGGUCCCUGGAGCGGGCGCUUCACCAUGUCCGGCGCUGCCGGCCCGGCGUCCAGCCCAACCCCGGCUUCAUGCGGCAGCUCGACUUCUACCAGGGCAUCCUGAACGCCAGCCGGCACAGCAGCUUCUGGGAGCCGCGGGCGGCCGAGCCGGAGGAGGCCGUGCCCUGGGACGACGGGGGCCCGCCUCCGUCCCCCCCCGCCUCCUCCCCGGCCCCUGAGGAGGACGGCAGGCCGGGGCCGGGGGGGGCCGCCCGGCGUCCCCGCAUCUCCCUGUGCGCCGUCAUGCGGAGCAUCAGUCAGAUGGAAGCCCCCGAGCCCCCCGGGGAGCCCCUGGCUGGGGAGGCGUUCGAAGGCGACGAGGGUGGCUUGGGGCCAGCCCCCCCGACGCCAAGGCCCAGGUCCCGGCCCUGUCGCGUGGUGCGCCAGGCCAGCGUGGAUGGAGAGCGCGGCCCUGGGGAAGAGCAGGACCCCGCGGGAAAGCGUUCCCCCAGCCUGGAGCCCGGCCCGCCCGGCGCCCCGUAACCCAGAGCUGGGGGCGUAGGGCGCAGCCCCCCUCCCCCUGCAGCAGCGCUUAGGGGCGCGGCCUGGGCCCGCUGGGGGCGAGGCCUAAGCGAGAGAGCACGCCCCUCACGGCACCAGCACCAGCACUCAGCGGGAGAGAAUAAACCUCGAGAAGGGACGGUU